AAUAAAAGCAAAGUAUACGAAUACUAAACCCCAAAACCCUAAUUCCAGUACUAUAAAAACCCUAAUCUCAGCUUCUUCGACCACCUCCUAUCUUCCGCUCCGCAGCAGAUUCCAUUUUUUUUCUUGGUCACGCUCUUUCUCACGCACGAAGAUGAGACCUCCAAGAGGCCGCGGUGGAGGAAGGGGAAGAGGCGAUGGAGGAGGCAGGGGGAGAGGAAGAGGAGGCUUCGGCGGCGGAGGGAGAGGCGAUAGAGGCGGUGCGAUGAGGGGACGUGGCGGAGGUGGAAGAGGCAGAGGACGGGGAGGUGGACGCGGAGGAAUGAAGGGAGGGAGCAGGGUCGUGGUUGAGCCACAUAGACACGAGGGAGUGUUCAUUGCGAAGGGCAAAGAGGACGCGCUCUGCACUAAGAACAUGGUCCCUGGAGAAGCUGUCUACAACGAAAAGCGGGUCUCUGUUCAGAAUGAAGAUGGAACCAAGGUUGAGUACAGGGUGUGGAAUCCUUUCCGCUCUAAGUUGGCAGCUGCUAUCCUUGGUGGGGUUGAUGAGAUUUGGAUUAAACCUGGUUCUCGGGUCCUGUACCUUGGAGCUGCUUCAGGAACCACUGUAUCUCACGUGUCGGAUCUUGUUGGGCCUAAUGGGGUGGUCUAUGCAGUGGAAUUUUCUCAUAGAAGUGGUAGGGAUUUGGUUAACAUGGCAAAGAAGCGGACAAAUGUUAUUCCAAUAAUUGAAGAUGCCAGACAUCCAGCCAAGUAUAGGAUGUUGGUUGGUAUGGUGGAUGUGAUAUUCUCAGAUGUUGCUCAGCCGGAUCAGGCAAGGAUCUUAGCCUUGAAUGCGACAUAUUUCCUCAAAGCUGGGGGGCAUUUUGUCAUAUCAAUUAAGGCCAAUUGCAUUGAUUCAACUGUGCCGGCAGAGGCAGUAUUUGCUCAGGAGGUGAAAAAGCUGCAGGCGGAGCAAUUCAAGCCUAUUGAACAAGUAACCCUAGAACCUUUUGAACGCGACCAUGCUUGUGUUGUUGGUGCUUAUCGCGUUCCAAAGAAACAGAAAGCUGCUGCUGCUGCUGCCUCCUAAACGCUGCUGCUGCCACCAGCAGCUGAUCCUGCCCUUCCACCAAUCUUAAUGCCUCUAUGGAUUUGUGGAGACCCAUUCUAAUGCAGGCAUCAGGAUUCUAUUCAUGCUCUUUUUUUUUUCCCCCCAGGUUUUCUAGGCUUACAUUAUUCGACACUAAACUUGUAUUGCUUCAGUUCUAGCUUGAAUCUCAUUGCCAAUGUGUGGAUGUUAAGCUUUCUUAGUAAUAUGUACUUAUGAUCGCAAUGUCGACUGUAGAUGUUCUAACUGGGUACUAAUUUCCCAUGAUCCUUAUGGCCGCUUGCUUCACCGCUGAACCUUAA